AUGCUGGCAGAGGAAUUGGUGGUUGCCAAGGCAGACAUUGAGCCAGACACGGUUCUCUUUACGAUUCCUCGCAGUGCCGUUCUCUGCUGGGCUACCUCGGAACUUUCUUCGUUGAUCCCUGCCGUAGUGCAGAGCAACGGAGCUGAUGAUGAGCACGGCAGCGAGAGCGGUGAAGAGGGCGGCCGCACUUCCCAGGACCCAUGGACCUCUCUCAUUCUCAUCAUGAUCUUCGAGUUCCUCCGCGGCGAUAAAUCACCAUGGAAGUCGUACCUGGACGUGCUACCAGCUACGUUUGAUACGCCCAUGUUCUGGACGGAAAACGAGCUACGCGAACUGCAGGCCAGCCCAGUAGUUGAACGCAUUGGGAAAGUCGAAGCAGAUGAAAUGAUCACAAAAAAAGUACUACCGGUGAUCAGGGCGCACAGCGGCGUAUUUUUUCCUAAAGGGUCUCAAGAAAUAUCAGACGAAGACUUGUUUGGGCUUGCCCAUCGUAUGGGAAGCACAAUAUUGGCAUACUCGUUCAGCUUGGAAAAUGACGAUAGCGAUGACGAAGAGAAAGGCGAUGGUUGCAAAGACGGGUCUGGAUGUGCAUGUCAUGGAGGCGACAAGAUGGUACUUGAAGACGAAAACGGGGAUGCCGAUGCCGAUGCCAUUGAAAGUGAAGAUGAUGAUGGAUGGGUCGAAGACAGAGAAGACCAGCUUCCUUUGGGAAUGGUGCCCAUGGCCGACAUGCUGAAUGCAGAUGCCGAGUUCAACGCACACAUUAAUCAUGGUACUGAUGUUCUGACUGCUACAUCUGUGCGGCAUAUCAAAGCCGGAGAAGAGAUCCUCAACUUUUACGGACCUUUAUCGAACGGCGAGCUUAUGCGACGAUAUGGUUAUACGACUGAAAAGCAUGAGCAUUUUGAUGCCAUCGAUAUUCCAUGGAAGCUUGUCUUGGAUGCCAUCGUGUCAAAGAUCGGAAUGAGCCAAGCUGGCGUUGAUAAAACGCUUGAGUCGUUCGACCCAGAUGAUUUGGAAGAUCCCCUGAUGAUUGACCGGGAAUUUGACGAGGACGAGGAGGCUGGACGUCUGGCUACACUGAAAUCCGGCAAGAUUCUUUCAAAGCUGCCGCCUGUCCUACGGAGGCAAGCACGCGCUUUCACUAAAAGAGCACUUCGAGAGCAGAAAAAGGAAAGACAGAAAAACAACCAGGUUCGCGAUGCCCGCGAAGGACAAAAUGAUGAAAAUGGAAUUGCUAUGGCUGCAGUCACAGAUGCUAUUACAGCCAGGCUAUCGGCAUAUCCAACGACAUUAGAGGCAGACUUGGCAUUGUUGAGAAGUCUAGAAGAGAAUGGGCCGACGCCAACAUCCAGCCGGCUGCGCAUGGCCUUGAGAGUCCGGAUCGGCGAAAAGCGCCUGCUCAACGAAGCGGCAGUUUUAGCACACGAGGCGAUCCAGGCCGGGAGUAAUAAAGCAAAAAAGGGUCACGAAGGGUCUGGGCUUGAUGAACAAAGAGGCGCAAAAAGGCAAAGAACACGAUAUUGA